GAUUUGCAUAGAGUCUCACCAAAAAAAAUCGCAAAGGAAAAUUUGGGAUCAAAAUUGUCUUCCUGCAUCAUGGAUCCAUACAGGGUUCGUCCUUCAAGCGCUCAUGAUUCCCCUUUCUUCACUACAAACUCGGGUGCUCCUGUCUGGAACAACAACUCUUCUUUGACUAUCGGAACUCGAGGUCCAAUUCUUCUGGAGGACUAUCAUCUGCUUGAGAAACUCGCCAACUUUGACAGGGAGCGGAUUCCUGAGAGGGUAGUUCAUGCCAGGGGAGCCAGUGCUAAGGGUUUCUUUGAAGUCACUCAUGACAUUACUCAACUUACUUCUGCUGAUUUUCUUCGAGGACCUGGUGUUCAGACUCCUGUUAUCGUUCGUUUCUCAACUGUCAUCCAUGAGCGUGGCAGUCCCGAGACUCUGAGAGAUCCUCGUGGUUUUGCUGUUAAGUUUUACACCAGAGAGGGGAACUUUGAUCUUGUUGGGAACAACUUCCCUGUAUUCUUUGUCCGUGAUGGAAUGAAAUUCCCUGACAUGGUCCAUGCAUUGAAACCGAAUCCCAAGUCCCACAUUCAGGAGAACUGGAGAAUACUGGACUUCUUCUCCCACCACCCAGAGAGUUUGCACAUGUUUUCGUUCCUCUUUGAUGAUCUCGGUAUCCCACAGGACUACAGGCACAUGGAAGGCGCUGGGGUCAACACUUACAUGCUAAUCAACAAAGCUGGAAAAGCUCACUAUGUGAAAUUCCACUGGAAGCCGACUUGUGGGAUCAAAUGCCUGUCGGAUGAGGAAGCUAUCAGAGUUGGAGGAUCCAAUCACAGCCAUGCUACUAAAGAUCUCUAUGACUCGAUCGCAGCCGGUAACUAUCCACAGUGGAAUCUCUUCGUUCAGGUGAUGGAUCCUGCUCAUGAAGACAAAUUCGAUUUCGAUCCGCUUGAUGUCACAAAGAUCUGGCCUGAAGAUAUCUUGCCUCUACAACCUGUUGGCCGCUUGGUCUUGAACAAAAACAUCGACAACUUCUUUAACGAGAACGAACAGAUUGCUUUCUGUCCUGCUCUUGUGGUUCCAGGCAUCCACUAUUCAGAUGAUAAACUACUCCAGACCCGGAUCUUCUCCUAUGCUGAUAGUCAGAGACACCGUCUUGGACCAAACUAUCUGCAACUACCUGUCAAUGCUCCUAAAUGUGCUCACCACAACAAUCACCAUGAUGGUUUUAUGAACUUCAUGCACAGGGAUGAGGAGGUCAAUUACUUCCCUUCAAGGUUGGAUCCAGUUCGCCAUGCCGAAAAAUACCCUACAACUCCUAUUGUCUGCUCUGGAAAUCGUGAGAAGUGCUUCAUUGGGAAGGAGAACAACUUCAAGCAACCAGGGGAGAGAUACAGGUCUUGGGAUUCAGACAGGCAAGAGCGAUUCGUGAAGCGUUUUGUUGAAGCGCUUUCGGAGCCUCGUGUCACGCACGAAAUCCGCAGCAUUUGGAUCUCUUACUGGUCUCAGGCAGACAAAUCACUGGGACAGAAACUAGCGACUCGUCUUAACGUGAGGCCAAACUUCUGAAUGAUAUCAUCUCUAAAAGACUAAGUGAAAUCCUCUAAACCCAAUAUUCGCCUCUUGCGCUUUGGUUUCUAAGUAAUCUCGUUUAUUGAACAGUGAAAUGCUUAAAGAAGGGUACUAGUUCAUGUUUGUAAUCUUCUCUUCAAAAUAUUAACUAAUAUUUUUCUAAGGCAAAUAAUAAAAAGCUAUGACUAAA